UGUUUAUUUUGACUGUAGACAGCAAAGUAUAUUGUCUUGAGUUCUGGGCAGGCUGCUUAAACUCAAUGUUUUUAUUUUCCUUGUCUAGGCCGUGCAUUUUCUGCAUUGGGAAGGAAAGAUGAUGCUAUUGCAGUUUGGUAGCAAGGAUAUGAGCAUGCAUUACGGCAGUCUGCUGAUCUGAAACAAUUGCCGGAACUGGAAGAGCUAUUGAGUGUAGCAAAACCAGGCAAACAAGACAUAGGUUUCACCACUGACAGCCAUGUGACAGACUCAAAGUUAUCUACCUGUGUAUCCUUAUCUGGACCUCAUAUUGAUGGGAAGUUAAAUGAACCUCUCAAGUUGCAAAAUGAAUACAAUACCUCUAGAUUAUUCCAAGAGCAUAGUGUUGUAUCGAACUUCUGUAACACGCAUACUGACAACUUUGACACACACAAUGUAAAUAGUGAUGGAGAGAGAAGUAAGUCGUCAUUGGCUUUAUCUGAGUUACUACCUGACACAAAUGGCAGAACAUGUGAAAGUUUCAAAAAUCGCUGUGUUGGGUGAUGGAUCUAAGUUAAGUGUGGAUUCUGCUGAUGCUUCUGACAACAACAGUUGCCGUGAUAAUUUUUGUUUAGGAUCAAGUGAUCUAACCAGUUCGAAUCAGAAGCCUUGUGACCUGACAAAUGGAACUCAUAAUAAUUUUGACACACUGAGCUAUGCUUCUGGUUCAGGUACUGGUUUAAGUGAGAAAUCAGAACAUUGUAGUAAAUCCUCUGCUAGUACCAGUAACUCAAGUGAUAUAAUUGAAAGCCACAAUCUGCCAAACAACACGUCUGACUCAAAUAAUGAAAUCAGUGAUGAAUCCAAGAGGAGUAAGAAGUUCUGUGUUGCUAAGAUUUCAAGGACAGAGUCAAUCAGUGUAGACUUCCGCUUAUCAAGGGGUAUUGCACAGAUACUAAAAGAGGAUCCGACUUAUCCUGAGGCACUAAUAGGAAGAGGGACUACAUAUGCUUUCCAACGAGAGCUUGAAUCUGCUAUUGCUGAUUUUACAAAGGCAAUUCAAUCAAAACCAUCGGCUGGUGAGGCUUGGAAGAGGAGGGGACAGGCUCGGGCUGCCUUAGGAGAAUCUCUUGAGGCAAUUGAAGACCUGACCAAAGCAUUGGAGUUUGAUCCAGAUUCAGCUAAUAUAUUACAUGAAAGAGGAAUCGUGAAUUUCAAGUUUAAGGAUUUUGAUGCUGCUGUUGAAGAUCUAUCUGCAUGUGUGAAGCUUGAUGAGAAUAACAAGUCUGCGUAUACAUAUUUGCUUAGAAUUUCAAUUGAUUUUCUCUGGCAGGGGAUGGCAUUAACUUCAAUCGGUGAAUGUAAAAGGGCUGAGGAGGCACAUUUGAAGUCAAUCCAACUUGACCGAAGUUUUCUUGAGAAAAACGUAGAGAGAGAGAAUUUGAAAGGAAAGUCAGUUCCGGUUGAGUGUUGGUCGGUGUUUAUCGAUAAUCUUAGUAAAAGGGUCUCCCAUCGUACGCUUAGGGAAUUAUUCUUAGUUCAUGGUCCUGUUACGAGAGUUUUUAUUCCCAGCCAAACUAGAAAUCCAAAAUACAGGUUCUCUACUUUUGCCUUUGUUCAUUUUAAGAGGGAGGAGGAUCUGAAGAGGGCUGUUGAGGAGUUAAAUGGGAUUGUGAUUGAUGGAAGGAAGAUCUCAGUUAGUCCUGCCAGGUUUAAGGAUGAACGUUCAAGGUCAAGGGUGUUGCUUUCUUCUUCAAACAAAGAUGAUGGUCAGAUUAGUGCAGAUUCUUUAAAAUCAAGAGAUAGAGAUAAUAUUAAUAGAAGUAGGAGGGAUGAUAGAUCUUACAGGGAUGCUCUGUUGUCUAAAGGGAAUAGAAGGGGGAACAAUGAUCUGCUGUCUGAGGAUACCCAGAGGAGGAAUGUCAAGGGAAAUAUAUUUUGA